GAGCUGAGGCCACGGCUGGCCAGUCUCGUGAACGAGGGGCUGCAUGGAGGGGCUGGCGAUCCUCUGCCUGCUGUGGGGCGCCGCCGCCGCCACCGAGAUCGCGGCCGAGGCUCACCCUCCACCUGUGACCAAUUUCAGCAUUUCCGUGAAGAACCUCUGUACUAUCUAUUGGCAGUGGAGUCCUCCUGAAGGUGUCAAUGCAACAUGUAAGCUGUGGUAUGAUAGUCAUUUGGGGGAGGAAAAGGUAAUCAGUUUAAAGACCUUUCGGAUUGAAGAAGUGGCCCUAAAUGAAAGAAUUUGCCUCCAAGUGAGAUCACAGUGCAGUGUGUCGAGCACCCAUCCUAGUGAUGCUGUAGAAAUGUGCACUGUACCCCCAGAAGGUGACCCAGAGUCUGCUGUAACAAGACUGCAGUGUAUUUGGUACAACCUGCGCCAAAUGAAUUGUACAUGGCUCCCCGGGAAGAAGGCGCCUCCAGACACAAACUACACUCUGUACUACUGGUAUAGCCCUCUGGAAAAAAGUCUCCAGUGUACAAACUACUAUACGGAAGGUGAACUCAUUGGGUGUUCUUUUGAUCUGCUUAAAGGAAAAGUUUCAGGUUCUGAAAAAAUUCAAAUAAUGGUCACAGAUACAGCUGGAACAAUUAGACCCUCCUAUAAUAUCACUUUCUUAAAUUCUGUGAAACCCGAACACCCUGUCAUAACAGCCCUCUCCUUCCAGAAUGACAGCCUGUAUGUGGAAUGGGAAAGUCCAGAAAACUUUGAGAGCAAUUGCUUAGUUUACCAGGUGGAAGUCACUGACAACAAGCCAGAGUUAUACAGAGCUGAAGAAUCCAAAAAUAAAUGCCACAUCUCACAAACGCCUCAGGACCUUCCAGGAAAUUCCAAGGAUAAAAAAUGUUUUGUGAAAGGUGAUGUGGACCGUGAUACUCUGUACACGGUCAGAGUGAGAGCCAAAGCCAGUAAGUAUUGCUUCGAAGAUAAAAACCUCUGGAGUGCUUGGAGUCCAGAGAAAAGCAUAGGCCAGAAGCCUGACCCCACGUUUUAUACCGUCACAUUACUCUCCAUCCCAGUCGCCAUCUCCAUCUCCACUCUUCUCCUGUUGCUGUAUUUAAAGAGACUGAAAAUCAUUAUUUUUCCUCCAAUUCCUGAUCCUGGGAAGAUUUUUAAAGAGAUGUUUGCAGACCAGAAUGAUGACACCCUGCACUGGAAAAAGUACGACAUCUAUGAAAAGCAAAUUAAAGAAGAAACUGACUCAGUGGUGCUGGUCGAAAAUCUGAAGAAGACCUCUCAAUAAAGUUAAUAAUUUAUUUGGACGUCACAUGUGACUACCAGGAAAUUUUCUCCCAUCCUUCAUUAGUUACUUUGAAAAUCAUUCAGUGAAAACUGAAACCAUUGGGCCAGUUAUAGUCAGAAGAAGCACAUUAUCAAGCAGUUUCAGGUUCACAAGUCACGCGCCUAAAAACCCAGAGAGAGGGAAGCAAAAACAACCAUAUUUUAAUAUUGAGAGAAACCACUUUCUUGGGAAGCCUACCCAGCCAAAAAAAAAAAAAAAAGAAAGAUGAUGGCAUUAAGGAUAGCACAUUUAAACUUGUGUGGGUUUCUCUUUCACCAUUGAGCACCAGAUGGCAGUGUGUUUUUUAAGGGUUUGGUUUUUUGUUUUGUUUUGUUUUUUUGAUGUUAAGUUCUAAUGUGGGAGAGUAACCAGAGUAUAUUUACUUUCAUCAAGAAAAACUAGCUGAUAUACUUCCAAUUUUUAUCCUUCUCAGAUGUUGGUUGCCUUUCAUGACUCAUAGUAAGCCAGAAUUACAAGUGCCCUUCAGUGCCUGUCCUGAGGCUGUUUUGAUAAAAAGUGGAAUGUGACAGACCUACCAGGAUGAAAAACCUUCACUUAUUUCAUUUGGGCUUCAUUGGCAUUUUCUCUUUCUCUAAUUCUGAGAUGGUUUUAUUGUAAUCUUCCAGUAAGAAAUGGGCUUAUUACAGAGUAAGUAGAGGGUCCAGUUGAGAUGUUGGUCCCUUCAGGUUCACAACUCUGCCAAUGUGUGUAUACUGGACAAAAAGAAGAAUUCCUAGCUUUUGAUGUCCUCUUUGUCUGCCCUCGAAGGGGCUUGUGUCAGAUGACCAAUGAUGUAAACCUUUGGAGCUGCAAUGAUCUACCUGCCUUUGAGUCUGUACCAACUUUUAGAAGUCCAUGUUGGCGGUGACAACAGCCCAAAUGAGGUCAGGCUGAAUCUCUCCACCUGGAACUUGGAAAACCCACCAUGGCUCCUAGAAGCAGAUGGCAGCAGAGGCCACAGUGACUGCAGUAGUCUUCAGGGCAAACCACACCAGUUCGUGAGCUGUUGCUUUGCCUUAUAUUGGCCAAGAAGUAUUGAACAUCUGUUGGGUGAUUGAACAUCUCUUGGGUGUGCCCCACAACGUGCUGUACUGUGGAGGCCAGAAACAAAAGUUGGGGACGUCAUCCCUGCCGUCAGAGUUUAUUAUCUAGUGGGAGCCUUUUUGGUUCAUUGCUGUAUUUGUCCAACCUCUUCUCUGCUUUCAUUUUGUAGACUUGCCCAUCCCCAUCCCAACCCAGAAGUUACCUGUCCUGUUCCCUCUUGGAGUUUUUUCCCUGUUUCCUAAGAUCUCCCCUACCCAACAGAGAGAGUAGGAGAUUAUCAAACUGAGGAAAAACAAGGGGGUGCUGAGGAAGACCAAGUACCCCCCCCCUGCCUUUCUGUUCCUUUUUUCUCCUACACUCUGACUUAAAUAAAUGUGGGUAGGCUGGAAAAUA